AUGGCCUCCACAGCCGCCGACGUCGCCGCGGCGAUGGAUGCGGCGCCGCGCGACGAUCCAGCGCUGCUCCUUGCACACGCCGCGCCGCUGCUUGCAGAAUGGAAACGGAUGAACCGUGAUGCACAUGUGCUUGUUGCUGCGCGGCACAAACAAGUGCUCGCAUCGCGCGCCGACGUCGAUGCAGCGGCGCUUGCUUUGCAGCAUCGCCUCUACGAGCACGCCCAGCUCAACGCCGCGAUUGCUGCUGCACAGGCGCUCGAUACCAUGUAUGAGCAAGUAGCGCUGCGCCCAAUCGAUGCGUUCAUGGCGCACGCGCCCGAAGAGUACCGCACCGCGGCAGUAUGUGCGGACGAGCACCGAGUUCUUUUGCAGCGUUACCAAUUCGAGCUGGACGAGCGGCGCAGACUCGAGCAGGCAUGCAAGGCGCUCGAGGAAGAAGCCGCCACACAGCAGCAGCACGCCAGCAACGCCGUGCGCCGCCUAAAGCAGCUCCAGACUACAAUAGACUCGCUUGCGGCGUCUGCGCGCCAUGUAUAG